GGACAGCGGCGGCGGCGGCGUUACCUGCAGGGGCGGGAGGCAGGGCGCCCACAGCUGCACGUACACACGGCCUCCGUAUUUAAAGCGGAGACAGAGGAAGAGGACACAGGAAACAACAGGGAGGAAAGGGCAAAAGUUUAUCUCUGCGCUUGCUGGAUCCCGGCUUCUGUCUGACGACCGGAGUGUACCCUGCUGUUAGAUUAAAACAAAAACUACCAGUAAACAAAUGCCAACACUCGAGGAGCACUGCUGGAGUUGCUCUUGCACCAGAAAUAUAGACAAGGAAAGCAAAAAUUUUAGCACUUGGCUAACGCUGAGAGCAGGAGAAGCCAUGUCCUCGCUCAGCUCUCUCCUCAGUCUCGCCUACAGCACCUUAGCCAGCAGCCAAGGCCGCAGCCUGAUCCGGAGGAGCUUGGUCCUCUUUAUUGUUGGUGUAUUUCUUGCCUUGGUGCUCAACCUUCUCCAGAUCCAAAGGAAUGUGACGUUAUUUCCUGAGGAAGUCAUUGCUACCAUCUUCUCUUCCGCUUGGUGGGUCCCACCAUGUUGUGGUACAGCGGCUGCUGUUGUUGGCCUUCUGUAUCCCUGCAUCGACAGCCACCUUGGUGAACCUCACAAGUUCAAGAGAGAGUGGGCCAGCGUCAUGAGAUGCAUCGCAGUUUUUGUCGGCAUUAAUCAUGCUAGUGCUAAACUGGAUUUUGCAAAUAAUGCUCAGCUGUCAUUGACCCUUGCAGCCCUGUCUUUGGGCCUGUGGUGGACCUUUGACCGCUCUCGCAGUGGCCUGGGGCUUGGAAUCACGAUAGCCUUUCUUGCAACACUCAUCACACAGUUCCUUGUCUACAAUGGAGUUUACCAGUACAUGUCCCCAGACUUCCUAUAUAUCCGCUCCUGGCUGCCAUGUAUAUUCUUUUCUGGAGGAGUAACUGUGGGAAAUAUAGGGAGGCAACUAGCUAUGGGUCCUACAGAUAAAGUGCACACGGACUAGAUACCUCACCUUGCCAUACUUAAAUGUACCAAGAGAAGAAUGAGGCACGUUUCGGGGAAAAGCUUGCAAACUUUUCACCUGCAAACUCAUUAAACUGUGAAGGCUGUCACUUCGUUAUUUGGUUAGUACAUUCUACUGUGUGCGGAAUCUUGUUCUAGCUCUAUGGAUUUUUACCACAUCGGACUAUUCCUAUAUUUGGAGGAACUGCGAUAAGAGGAGAACAAAUCACCCCAAUAAUGCAUCUUUUCCAUGAUCGCUGCAGUUUUGUUUGUUUUUUUUGUCUCUGUAGUGGUAGGACGUCAGAUGUCUUCUGCAUGGAGUAAUAGGCUGGGGUGCCAGCUUGAAGUACCAGUAUUACAAUUUCAUUCUGAGAAGAUAAGGAGGAAAUGACUGUUAUGGAGUUUUGCUACGACGUCUGGAAGUCCUAAUGGAUGCAAGAAAAGAGGGAAAAAAAUAAGAUUAAGUGAUAGGAGUUUAUUGUUUGUCUACCAUGGAAAAUAAGGCUGUGGGCAAAAAAGCUGUAGCAUGAAGGGGAAACGUAGUUGAGGCCACCAAAUCUAAUCUAGGGGGCAGUAUGUUGAGUUGUCCUUAAUACUUGCUAGGCCCAUAUUAGCAACAGGGGUGAGAGUCUCCAGCAUACUGAACUGUGAUGGUAGCUGAGACUAUAGUAAUACGCAUUCUAAAAAUAAGCUACAUGAUCAGUUUCGACCAGAAAGUAGCUAGCCCUGGUGACCACUAGAAGCUGGAAAAUUUUCCACUUUGGCUUAAUGUAUAUGACUGAUUGCUGGGCCAAGUGGCUGGAUCAUCAGAUGGUUUGGCUUUCUUGCUGUUAGAAGGUGGCAGUGUAGGCAGAGAUGCUUGACUGCAAUCUUCUGACUAGAAUUGUCAGCCUGCGUAAAGGCUCGUGGUUGGAUAAAAUUCCUGUGGGGCCACCUUUCCAACGAUGUUAGGCCUCAUUCACACAGCCAUAUUUUCGGCCCACAUCCGGAUCGGACACGGACCCAUUCAUUUCUAUGGUGCCGCAAAAAAUGUCAUCCAUGUGCUGUCCACAUCUGAGGCCAUGCAGCAAAUUAUUGAACAUG